GCGGGUUUUGUGGAACGGUCCGUUGCGGUGGAUGCGUGAUCGUGGUCCCGCGGCUAAUAAUCGUCCCCCCGUCGCUGGGACGGAGCGCGCGGCGCGGAGGAGCGGCGGUGAUCAGGGUGAUGUGCCAUCAGCCACUGGGGGGCAUCUGUCCUCUCUGCAACCUGUUCAUCCUCUGAUGAAGCUUAUGGGAUAGGAGUGUGUGCCCCUUCCCAACACUGCAGCACCACUGGAGUCAUUUGUGCCAAAGCUGAGUUGUGCUGAGGGAACAGAGAUGGGCAGCCCGGGCUGCGAAGUGGGUCUAGCCGAGCCGGUGGAGCCAGCACUUGAAGAUCUGUGCUCCGAGUGUGGCCAGGUCCACCGCAACAGGGAGAACCACCUCUACAACUACCGCCUGGAGGUGGACGACGACCUGGUGUGCCACAUCUGCCUGCAGCCGCUGGUGCAGCCACUGGAUACGCCAUGUGGACACACCUUCUGCGCCCGCUGCCUGCGCAGCUUCCUCCAGGAGAGGGACUUCUGUCCUCUGGACAGGACACGGCUUCAGCUCCAGGCGUGCCGCAGAUCAAGCAUACUGGUUCACAAGCUACUGGACAAGCUGUCUGUGUCCUGCCCUUUGACCCCAGUCUGCUCCCUCAGCAUGCCACGCUGUGACCUGGAGGCACACCUAAAGCACAGGUGUCCCGGGACGCGGUGUCAGCAGACCAUCGUGGACGGCCCGAGAUGCGAGAGCGGGGACGAGCGAGCGAUGGUGACCAGCCCCCCCAGGUCGCCGUGCUCCCCGCAGACAGACCUGAGAGACCGCACGCCCUCGCCACCCGAUGGACCCAAUGACGCCUGCAGCACUGGGCCCGUGUGGACGGACGAUGCCGGCCUGGACAACCCUGCCUUCGAGGAGAGCACAGAGGAAGACAGUGUGGUCGGGCUGGAGUGCGUGGUCCCCAGGGUGAAGCGGCCCCUCAGCAAUCCCUGCAUCCACCUCCUUCGCUCCGUCAGCUCCACUUCCUCCGGUUGGGACUGCCCCGAGUCCCCGCCUCUCUCCGCCGAAGAGGGCUGCGUGAAGCUGCCCUCACUUCCUGAAGGAGAGAUAACUGCCAUAGAAGUCCACCGGGCCAACCCGUACGUCGAGCUGGGCAUCAGCGUGGUCGGGGGAAAUGAAACGCCGCUCAUCAACAUCGUGAUCCAGGAGGUGUACAGGGACGGGGUCAUCGCACGAGACGGGAGGCUGCUGGCCGGGGAUCAGAUUCUACAGGUGAACAAUGUGGACAUCAGCAACGUGCCGCACAGUUUUGCCCGGUCGACACUGGCUCGCCCCUGCACCACCCUGCAGCUGACCGUGCUCCGGGAGCGUCGCUGUGCCUCCCGGGCGCCUCCCUCCUCAUCCUCCUCGACCCCGGCCGUGCCCAACGCGCCCUGCUCCACCCCAGAGGGCGCGCCGUCCAGCCCCGCCACGCUGAGAAUCACCCUGAGCAAGAGGGACUCGACAGAGCAGCUCGGAAUCAAGCUGGUGCGGCGGACGGAUGAGUCGGGCGUGUUUGUGCUGGACCUGUUGGACGGAGGCCUGGCAGCGAAGGACGGCCGACUGCGGAGUAAUGACCGCGUGUUGGCAGUCAACGAGCAGGACCUACGCCACGGCACCCCCGAGCAGGCCGCACAGAUUAUACAGGCCAGUGGAGAGCGAGUCCACCUGCUCAUCGGCCGACCCAACAAACCAACUCCACCCCCGCCGCCAAAAUCAAGCUCCACCAGAGACCUUUACUGCCUUGAUCACUUCCUGCCUAACCACAGCUACACCCCGAGUCCUGUGCCCACGAACCUGUCUCGCACCAGCACCCACAGAGACCUCUCCCAGUGUGUGACCUGCAAGGAGAAACACAUCACUGUGAAGAAGGAACCUCUCGAGUCGCUGGGCAUGACUGUCGCAGGGGGGAGGGGCAGUAAGAGCGGGGAGCUGCCGAUCUUUGUGACCAGCGUCCAACCACACGGCUGCCUGUCGAGGGACGGACGAAUCAAACGAGGUGACGUCCUGCUCAGUAUCAACGGGCAGGACCUAACGUAUCUGAGUCACAGCGAGGCAGUGGGCACCUUGAAGGCCAGCGCCGCCUCGCCCUCGGUCCAGCUGCGGGUGCUGGAGGUCAGCAUGCUGGAAGAGCACGAGCGAGACGAGCUGCUGCCUCACUCCCAUGACAGUGACUUUGACGCCAACUGGUCCCCGUCGUGGGUCAUGUGGCUGGGCCUGCCCAGCUACCUGCACAGUAGUCAUGAGAUCGUCCUGCGGAGGAGUCACCCCGGCAGCUGGGGCUUCAGUAUUGUUGGCGGCUACGAGGAGACUCACGGCAACCAGGCGUUCUUCAUCAAGACCAUCGUCCUCGGCACGCCUGCGUACUACGACGGGCGCCUCAAAUGCGGCGAUAUGAUUGUGGCAGUCAAUGGCCUUUCGACAGCAGGAAUGAGCCACUCUGCACUGGUGCCCAUGCUGAAGGAGCAGCGCAGCCGGGUGGCGCUUACCGUGGUCUCCUGGCCCGGCAGCCUGGUAUAGCCGGGCCAGAACAUAAGCAGGCUGCGCACCACGCAGAUUCCACCCCAGAAUGUUCUAUAUUGGGAACGACCUUGGCCAAAGUGAACUGGUACACGCUACUGUAUAUCGCUCCAUACCGGGCUUAAUCCAGGACCAAAAGCAUCCAGAACUGUAGUAGACCCAGCGGGACGAAGCCUGUCCUGACCAGGUGGGACCUGAUCCAGAUCGUGCCACGUCACGCGACAGACUGCACUCACACACACACUGCUGUGUUCAUAUGGUCAUGUUGUCUUCACUCCCGCGGUGAGCGCGGUACUUCAACUGUUAACAGGCGAUCUGUGCUGUAUUCAUCUCACCAAGCAGUUGUAGAAUCCAGGGCUGUAUUCAGGUGGAUGCAUCGUUGCAGGUAGAGAUAGAAUAUGAAGAAAAAUGUAAUAGGUAGCCUGUGAUCCUCUGUCAUCGAGGAUAAUGACCUAUAAUCACGUUAAUCAAGAUGUUCUGCAACACCAGCGCUGUAUCCAGCUGAAUAAGCCUCGGGCCUUAUUAGAAAACCUGCCUCACCCUGGGGGGGGAGGGGGGGGCUCAACUACCCUUAGGCCUCAUCACCAUGGCAACCAGCUGCCCCAUCAGCUGGAGUUUUAUACAUGUGUGAAUGUGAGUUUGUUAAUAAACAUUUCCUUUAAAGGAUUUAUUGUUG